AUGGUCAAGCGUCUAAAACCUAUCCUGCCUACUCUGAUCCUACCGAGUCAAACGGCUUUCAUUAAGGGGCGCUUACUGGUUGAAAACACUACACUUGCUGGUGAACUAAUUAAUGGGCAUCACAAGAAGAAGGGAGUUAGACGAAUUACCAUUAAGGUUGACAUUGCCAAAGCUUUUGACACACUAUCGUGGGAGUUUCUGUUCUCUUGCCUCUAUGGACUUCAACUUCCUCAUCAAUUCAUUGACCGGCUCAAAUCAUGUAUCUGCACAACAAGUUUCAUGGUGGGAUACAAUGGAUCAGUCAAUGGUUAUUUCAAAGGAAAGAGAGGCCUCAGAAAGGGAGAUCCCCUCUCACCCUAUCUUUUUGUGAUGGUCAUGAAUAUUCUAUCUCACAUGUUGAACAGGGCAGCAAGGCAAAAUGGUUUCAAAUAUCACUCUCAAUGCAAAUCCACAAAAUUGACACACCUUUCAUUUGCAUAUGAUUUGUUGAUAUUUAUAGAUGGGUCCAUUAGCUCAGUUCAACAUGUUCUCCAAGUACUCAAGGAGUUUGAGCAGCGAUCGGGUCUUGCGAUCAGUGUACAAAAGACGAGCUUCUUUGCUUCUGGUUUAACUGAGCCAGAAUUAGACUCGAUACAAGCUUCUACAGGCAUGACUCUGGGAUCUCUACCGUUUCGGUACCUUGGAGUCCCUCUAAACUCGAGAAAGCCGACAUUAUCAAACUGCGAGCCUCUGUUUCAACAAGUAAAAUCCCGGCUUUCCUCGUGGUCUGUAAAAUCGCUUUCCUUCGCUGGAAGGCUCCUACUCAUUAAGACAGUCAUAGCGGGCAUCACUACAUUCUGGUGUUCAGCCUUCAUACUGCCUAAGGCCUGUAUCAAGCGCAUCAACUCCCUCUGCAGCAUGUUCUUAUGGAAAGGAAACCUAGACGGACAUAACACAGCAAGGCUGGACUCUGUCUGGGUUCAGUGGUUCAAAGGGAUCAUCCUCAAAGGAUCAAUACAUAACUUCUGGUCAACCCAACCAAAGCAAUCCUUCUCCUGGUUUGUCAGUAAACUCCUCAAGCUAAAAGAAACGAUCUUUCCUCUCAUCAGAUUAAGGAUCCCUGGACGCCUUUUGGUAGCCUCUCGGCUCACCUAUCACACUCUUCCUCUCGCCUCGGCAUACCAUUACACGCGACUGUCGCCUCUCUCUUCAGGAAUGGUUGUUGGCAACUUCCACCUGCAAGAACAGAGACUCAAGUUCAACUUCAAGUUUAUCUAA